AUGUCAGAUCUUGGCGAUUGGCUUCGAACUGUGCCAAUAAUCACCAGACAUUGGUUCGUUAUUUCCGUUAUUCUGCCACUGCUGGGAAGAUUUGGAUUCAUUAAUCCAGCAUGGAUGUUUUUAGAAUGGAAUUUAGUCAUAAACAAGUUUCAGAUUUGGCGACCAAUCACAGCUCUUCUUUUUUACCCCCUCUCGCCACAAACUGGAUUCAAUUGGUUAAUGAUGGUCUACUUUUUGUAUACAUACUCCAAAUCGUUAGAAAGUGAUAUUUUCUCUGGAAGGCCUGCUGAUUAUUUAUAUAUGCUUCUUAUUUCAUGGUUUGUCUGUGCGGGCAUGUGCAUGGCGAUUGGAGUUUAUUUCCUUUUAGAGCCAAUGGUGAUGUGUGUUUUAUACGUAUGGUGUCAAAUGAAUAAAGAUACUAUCGUAUCCUUCUGGUUUGGAAUGCGAUUCAAGGCUGCAUAUUUGCCAUGGGUUCUUUGUGGUUUCAACGCCAUUUUAAGAGGAGGAGGAUUAAACGAGUUGAUUGGAAUUUUUGUUGGUCACGUUUACUAUUUCCUCGCCUUCCAGUAUCCAGGUGACCACAAUGGUGUUCGGAUCUUGGAAACACCUGAGUUCAUGUAUCAAUUGUUGCCAAAUGAAGAAGGAGGCGUCCACGGAUUUGGUGGAAGUGAAGAAGCUCGAAGAAAUCCACCAAGACCUCGGGGUCAUGUUUGGGGACAAGGUGUUAGACUAGGACAAUAA